GCCGAGCUCGUGAAAACUUACUCAGAGCGCGUAAAGGAGACUCACGUAUUUUCUGGAGAGCACUACCGGCCGCUUGCCCAGUUUCUUGAGCAAGCCCCACCCGCACAUGGAUGGAGAACAUAUUCUGGGCAAGAUACAGGCUUCUUUCCCCUCUACGUUCACGUCAACAAGCCUGGAGCGGAGAAAACACAGAUCUUUGCCUACGACACGUCCCACGACGUGCGGUCUACAGCAACGAACCUUGCAUCUCCGUCAGACACACAAGCUUCCCAGCUCAUGAUCCUCAGGGGAUGGCAGCCUCGUGACUGGGUUCGAACUUUAGGAGCGCAGUGCAAGGUCGACCCCGAAUUUUUCCGCCGACACCUAGACUUCCUAGAGCCAGCUAGCUAUUUCGAUCUUCCAGCACUCCCUUCGACGAGCCAGAACCUGUGGAGGCUUCGGGUCACCACAAUCUGCAAUAGAGUAAACCCUCUGAGUGCGGAAGAGGUCAGGAAGCAGCGGAAAGACGAUUUGGAAGGCGUGAACAAAUUCCUGAACGCCUUGAGAGCCAGCGAAAGGAUCGGCAGUUCCAUCGUACGAAGGCAUGCAAUAAUCAACGAAACAACUUGCGUGAUCGAACAGGACAUAUCUUUCUGCGUACAGAAGAGAAGAUCGGGUGGAUGGACUGGAUUCAUUUGGCUUGACAAUGGAAAGCCAUUUGACGAUAACUCCAUCGCUCCUUGGCUCGAAAACUAUAAAGCCAAAUUCAGCUCGCACAAUCCUUACCUGCCGAUAGUCCAACACCUGGAUAAGAUGGCUCUCAAUCCUCCCAACUCGGAAGUCUUCGACAUGUCGCAAAUUCCAAGAAGCACGAGUGCUCAGUCUCGGAACACAUUCCAUGCAUCACAGACUUUGAGCAAUCUUCCGGAACAAUACGGCAUGUCACUCAAUAGGAAGCUGAUGAAAAUGGACGCCUUGUACGCGUUCAGUGACCUCUUUAACGUCGCAUUGUGCUCCGAAAACCAGUUCUUGAACAUGAUCCAGGCUGAGAUCAAUGUGGCUAUUCGAUCCUUUCAUGGCCAAGAGGAGAAUUGUAUCGAUAUCCUGUCGUACUGCAAAGGCUUGAUAGAUGAGCACUACGACCGCUUGCGCGAAAUGGUUGCUCUUUUGGAGAACGAGGAAAAUAACGGGUGGCCAAGAGUAACCGAAGGGCCCGAAUUCUGGACGAGAGAUGAUAUUGCGAAAGCCCUGAGGAAAGACGUUCAGCAUUUAUUGUAUCGCUGCUCUACACUUGCGGAAAGAGCAAUAGACGGUACUAAUUUCAUCCGAAACUAUGCCAUGCUAUUGACCUCCGAGCGAUCCAUCAGUCAGGCCAAGGAGGUUGGUCGCUUGACGUUACUUGCUUACUUUUUUCUCCCCAUGUCUCUUGUCACGUCACUUUUUGGUAUGAACUUUGUGGAAAUCGAAGACUGGAGGAAAGCAGUUAUUUCGGCCGUCGCUGUCUUUGCUGGAGUAAUGACGAUAUCUCUAAUCAUCUGUAUCUAGGAUUACAUGCCUUGGAGAAAAACACAAAAAAAAAAGAACACCAAACCCUCCUAGAGAAGCGAACAAUCAUCGGGAUGGCAGUUGCACACAUUUCUCGAAGUCCGCAGAGGAAAGAGGUGCUUCCGGUAUACUAUCGACACCUUGUCCAUAGAGCUUCAACGCUUCUUUGAGAUCGAUGUCUGCUCCCAGCUCAUCACCAUUUGCCCUCUUUGUCUCACCCAAGCAAAAGAGAGUCCAUGCUAGCUCCGACCUGUAGAAGGGAUGCGUUCGGUAACCCCGGAGAGCUUGUUCGAAAUAUGUA